GUUUAUUCACCUUUGCACUGCAAUAUGCCACCACCACCAUUUGUGGACGGGAAAAGCCCUGGCACUAUUUCUAUCACUGUCCCGUCUGACUUGAAGCUGUUUGCAACCCAGAAUUACCGAUCCUUGGAGGAUGGUCUUGUGUACAAACACACAACGUUUCAAGUCGACCGCGGAACACUUCUCAACUCGUCCCAGUAUUUCCUGAGCAAACUAGAACAGCCCUUGAAUGGGCGAAAGACAAUUGUUGAGAUUGGUUGUCACAGUAUCACUGCAUUAGAGAUCAUCCUUCGGAAGCUACACAAUACUUUGGACCAGAAAGCUGUGGGUGAUGCUUCUUUGGCAGACGUCUGGUGUCUGAUUUUCGACUGCCGACAAUUUCGCAUCUGUCCAAAGAACCUUACACAAUGGUUUGACGCAGGGUGCACCCACAAAAAAGGUCAGGCCAACCCAGGCAUGGAACUGAGCUUCUAUCGAGACAUCCUCCUUCCAAGCUACGCUAUGGAACAUGCGACGACUUUUGCUCGGGCAGCGAGGGCCCUCAUGUACCAGAGCACAGAGCAUAUCACCUCGUGGUGCCCGCCUGAUGUGCGAAUGCCGAUUGCUGCGCCGAUUCUGCGGCAGUUGAACGCCGCCCGUGCCACUCCCCACGAUACCAUACGAGGAUCUUUUUGGCCGCGUUUCCAGCAUGCUUCAAAUAUCACUGCCAUCUUGUUACAAGUGUACCGUGUUUGA